CUUCAGCCCACUUUUGCUGUGGUGGCUGACCCAUUCUGUACACGAGCCGGCUGGUGGAGAAAUCAAGCACCAUGAAGUGGCUCAUUCUGGCCUUGAUUUGCCUCCAUCUCUCAGAGGGGCUUGUGAGAGUCACGCUGAGGAAAGGCAAGUCUGCCCGAGAGGUGAUGAAGGAGAAGGGAGUGCUAGAGGACUUCCUGAAGAACCACAAAGUUGAUCCAGCCAGAAAGUACUACUUCAAUAAUUACAAUGUUGCUGAGGAACCAAUAGCCAACUACCUGGAUUCCUUCUACUUUGGACAGAUCAGCAUUGGAACCCCGCCCCAGAACUUCUUGGUUCUCUUCGACACCGGCUCCUCCAAUCUGUGGGUGCCCUCUACGUACUGCCAGAGCCAGGCCUGCACCAAUCAUGCCAGGUUCAACCCCAACCAGUCAUCCACCUUUUCCAACGAUGGACAGACCUACACCCUGAGCUAUGGGAGCGGCAGCCUGACUGUGCUUUUGGGUUACGACACGGUGACGGUCCAGAACAUUGCCAUCACCAAUCAGGAAUUUGGUCUGAGUGAAGAUGAACCUACCAGCCCCUUCUACUAUGCUCAUUUCGAUGGGAUUUUGGGAAUGGCUUAUCCUGCCAUGGCAGUAGGGGGCUCCUAUACACCUAUGCAGGAGAUGUUGAAGCAGGGCCUGCUUACUGAACCCAUCUUCAGUUUCUAUUUCUCCCGCCAACCAACAUAUAAUUAUGGAGGAGAAAUCAUCUUUGGAGGCAUUGACACCCAGCUGUUCUCUGGCCAGAUUACAUGGGCACCCGUGACCCAAGAGGUUUACUGGCAGAUUGGUAUUCAGGAGUUCGCUAUCGGACAGCAGGCGACUGGCUGGUGCAGUCAAGGCUGCCAGGGCAUUGUGGACACCGGGACGUUUCUGCUCACCGUCCCACAGCAGUACAUGGGGGACUUCCUGCAGGCUGUGGGUGCUCAGGAAUCCAAUGGAGAGUACGUGGUGAACUGCAACAAUGUCCAGAACAUGCCGACCAUCACCUUCGUCAUUAGCGGAUCCCAGUUCCCACUGCCCCCCUCUGCCUAUGUCUUCAACAAUAAUGGCUACUGCUCCGUUGGGGUUGAGCCCACAUACCUGCCUUCCCAGAAUGGGCAGCCCCUCUGGAUCCUGGGAGACGUCUUCCUCAAGGAAUAUUAUUCUGUCUAUGACAUGUCCAAUAACAGAGUGGGCUUUGCCCCAUCAGCCUAGACAAGCAGUUCAUCAACCUGAACCGGACGAAGCCUUUCCCCUUCCUCUUUUCCGCUGGACACUGACGGAAUCAGACUAAGUUCAUAUGGACAGAUUGCAUCCUUCUUAAUAUGUCUUCCGUAGCUUUUCUUUGGCUUGCAUGCAGCAAUCAGUGCUCUCCAAAUGUAUCGUUACAAAUAAACUGCAGUGAAUCCAA